ACUAAUUUCUCAUGCCCCAACCUACCUCGUCCUCUGUUCCCAUACGAAAAAUAUCCGUGCACCACCGUUGAACCGCCACUCAGCAUCCAUGGCUAAAAGCUUUACUUCUCUCCUUCUUCUUAAUUCUCCUCUCUCACCGCCUUCUUCUUUCUCUCAAUCACUUCACCAUCUUCAAGCCAAAACAUUCCCACAGAGCCAAUCUUACUUUGGAGUUGGAACCAGAACUAAACCCAUUUCUGCAUCGAUGGUGGAAGCUCAACCCCCUGUCCGAAAGGAGGAUAUCAUCAUCGUCGGUGCCGGAAUCGCUGGUCUUGCCACUGCAGUGUCCCUCCACAGGCUCGGAGUCGGGUCGUUGGUGCUUGAGCAGGCAGAGUCACUUCGCACUGGUGGAACCUCACUCACCCUCUUCAAGAAUGGGUGGGGAGUAUUAGAUGCAAUGGGAGUGGGAAAUGAUCUCAGGAGCCAAUUCCUUGAAAUCCAAGGGAUGGUGGUAAAAUCAGAAGAUGGUAGGGAGCUGCGCUCCUUCAGGUUCAAAGAUGAAGAUGAAAGCCAAGAGGUCCGUGCGGUGGAGAGGAGAAUACUUUUGGAGACUCUUGCUAAUCAAUUGCCAACAGAUUCAAUUCAGUUUUCUUCAAAGCUGGCAAAGAUUGAAAGAAUUGAGACGGGUGAAACGUUGUUGGAACUUGAGGAUGGAACCCGACUGAGUGGGAAGAUUGUGAUUGGCUGUGAUGGGAUACGCUCUCCAGUAGCAAAGUGGAUGGGGUUUUCUGAGCCUAGGUAUGUGGGGCACUGUGCUUUCCGUGGGCUUGGAUUUUUUCCUGAGAGAAUGCCAUAUGAACCAAAGGUCAACUACAUCUAUGGAAGGGGAUUACGUGCUGGAUAUGUUCCUGUUUCUCCAACAAAAGUUUAUUGGUUCAUCUGCUUCAACAGCCCAUCCCCAGGUCCAAAGAUAACCGAUCCAUCAGUGCUGAAGAAGCAAGCUAGAGAACUGGUUAGGAACUGGCCUUCAGAGCUGUUGAACAUCAUAGAUCUGACACCAGAUGACACAAUCAUUAGAACUCCCCUGGUAGACCGGUGGCUGUGGCCUGCCAUAAGCCCUCCCGCCUCAUCAGGUGGAGUUGUGCUGGUCGGGGAUGCUUGGCACCCAAUGACUCCCAAUCUUGGGCAAGGCGCUUGUUGUGCAUUGGAAGAUGCAGUAGUUCUCGCAAAAAAGCUCUCAGAUGCACUCAGGUUAGGGCCCGAAUCUGUGGAAGGUGCACUCAGAUUGUAUGGAAGCGAAAGGUGGCCUCGUAUCUUUCCAUUAACGAUACGUGCAAAUCUUGUGGGAUCACUCCUGCAGUGGGACAACCCAGUUGUGUGUUCUGUCAGGAACAAUGUCAUCGUACCUAAGCUGGUUAGGCUUGGACCACUAUUGGAACAUACCAAUUUUGAGUUUGAGCCUCUAUAAUUGGCAGAGAAUUUCAGGCCAAAGAAAUACGCUUAUAUAAAAGAUCUGUAAUUCAAUGUAAAGGCACCUCAGUGUCUUUUAGAUUCAGGACAGAUAUAACAUUGUUUCGAAUCCUGCAGAUAAAAGUUGUAUUAUGUUGUACACUUAGACGAGAGUUCAGUAGACAUGAAGUUAAUUGUUAUACCAACUUUA